AUGCGGCUCGCCCUCAAGCCAUUUAAUAUCCAGCACCUCGCCGACGACUGGAACGCUAACCGUACUUACUUACAGCUGUCGGCGGAGCGGCGGCAGCGCGGUGGCGGCGGUCCGCACAAAGUCGAGGUGGCGGCGCGGCUCAGUGCCGAGGGAGAGGGUGGCGACGUGGCGACAGAGGCGGGGUCGCGCGCGGCGGCGAGCGCCUCCCGCGAGAAGAAGCCUCGCGCCUACCCGCCGCACACGCCGCCUGCUCGCUACGUCUCCUCCUCCUGCGUGGCGCCUCCCCCCUCGCACUCGCGGCUCCGCGUGGCGGCGCCGCGAAUGCUCUCUCCCCUCCCUCCCUUCUCGCGAUACGCUUCGCGCGCCAGCUGA